GAUACUCCAAAUUCAUUGUAACAGUGUAUCUGAUUGUGAUCGGAACAUAUUUUUCGCGAUAUAUUUCCCGGGUUUUUUUUUGUCAAAGUCUUAUCCAAGAACUUCCUAGCCAUCAUAAUGAAGCCAAUCUUCGUUGCUGCCGUGCUUGCCACAAUUUUGGCCGUUGCCAGCUGUGCACCGUACGAAAUCGCCUACCUGAUCCCUGUGGAGGUUCCGGCGGCCCGUGUUGCCCGUGCGGCCCAGUUCGGCGGCUUCGGUGGAUUCAGCGGUAGCGCCGCCAAUGCCGGUGCCCAGUCCUUCAAUGCCGGCGGCUUCGGCGGUGGUUUCUCGGGCAGUGCGGCCAACGCUGCCUCGCAGUCCUUCGGUAGCGGCGGUUUCGGUGGGCUCAGCGGCAGUGCUGCCAGCGCCGGUGCCCAGAGCUUCUCGGGUGGUGCCGGAUUCCCCGGAUUCGGUGGAUUCAGCGGAUCCGCUGCCAAUGCUGCCUCUCAGUCUUUCUCCGGUUAAGCUGUCGUCCCUCGAUCCCUCGAUGUUUAACGCCGGUUUCGGAAAGCCACAACCAACGACUGUAAAGAUUUUUGACAAUUACUAGUUAACCUUUUAACAUUAAGGGCAAUGCGUGAAGUUGGAAAUCCAUUUUGAUAUUACGAAUCAGUUAUACGUACAACGUAAAUUAAUUUAAUUUAACAUCUUUUUAUGUAAGCGAACGAUGAUUGUUGAACAAAUGUACUAAAAGGUGAUGUCCGUGCAAGAUCCCAAGACCAUCAAUAAAAAAGGAUAUCAUUAAGAUCAAA